AUGGCAGAAGUAACUCUUAGGAUUGGUAUAAUGUCGGCCAGAGAGCUGGCACCAGCCGAUAAGGACGGUUUUUCUGAUCCAUAUGCCGUUAUCCGAAUAGCGAACAAAAAGUACGAAACCGAAAUACAAAAAAAAACCUUGAACCCAAUUUGGAAUAAAUUUUUUGAUGUAAAAAUAUCAGAAAAUAAUGUGCCUCCUCAUGUAACCAUUACCGUGUGGGAUCACGAUCGUUUUGGUCGUGAUUUUCUGGGUGAGGUGACCAUUCCGAUUAAACAAGUGUUUGCCAGGAAUAAUGGUGGACUAAAUGAUGGUUGUCCUAGGACUUAUGAUGAUCAUGAAAAUCUGCCGGCUGCCUACACGCUACAGAAGCGAAGUGCGAAGAAUGAUGUUAGAGGUGAUGUUGUUUUGAAGUUCGGCAUUAUCGACGCAAACAACAGAUCAUUGGAAGAAUUAAGUUAUUUAUGGGAAAAUUUGACUAAUCAUGUUAAUAAAGGUUAA